CACGGAGCAGCCAAUGCCAUUGACGACAAUACUUCCCUUUGGCCUAACAAUACGAUACCAUACGAGUUCUCAAGAAAGCAGUUCGCAACUAUGAGUUCAAGUGAAGUGCAAAUAAUUCUGGAGUCAAUGGACAUUAUCAGUCACCUCACCGGAUACUGCAUCAAGUUCAUUCGACGGACAUCCGAGAGUGAUUACAUCUCUUUCCAGAAAGGCCUACAAUGCAUGUCCAACAUCGGCAGAAUGGGUGGAAAGCAGUUUGUCACCUACGCACCUGGUUGCUUAAAGAAACAUGGAGACGUACAGCACGAGCUGAUGCACGUUAUGGGAUUCUUUCAUGAGCAUUCUCGCCAAGAUAGAGAUCACCACAUUAAAAUCAUCUGGGAUAACAUCGCCAGCGGAGACCGUGAACAAUUUACUCAGCAUGCUGGAAAUACUUACGAUCUUCCAUACGACUACGAAUCGAUUCUGCACUAUAAAUACAAUGCUUUUGCAAAGGAUGCGGAGAUUCCAACGAUUGUUCCUUCAAGGAAGCGAGCUAAGAUUGGUCAGAAUGACAACCUCAGUCCACUGGACAUAGCUAGAAUUCACCGGCGAUUUGGAUGCUCACCAGCGGCUGCCGUUAACUUUGCAGGUUUGACACAAUUUAAAUUGAGCGACGACAAGCCGACAAAUUGUAACGAGAUCGACAUGCCGAAACUGGAGGCCACAAUGGAACCGCUUCCACAAUUUUCCCAAGAGCCUAUGACUCUAGAAGAAUGUGCUUUACAGUUUUACCGCAAACUGCUUUGCAGUCGGAUAUUCGCCUUCAAACUGCACUUUUACACAAGGCGUUGAUAUCAACUGCGGCAAGGCAGAAACCUCGGUGCAGCUUCAUGAAAUGUCCAACUCGAUGUCGGCAUUUCCGCUUAGAGCAGUUCGAAUCAGUAUGUUUGAUGGAGAACAAAUUCAGUACCACAGUUUCGCUCCGAUUCGAAAACGGGUCGUCCUAUUUAAACUGUACAACUGCACACCCAACGCCACACAGGAAGCUGCCUCAAAUGCAUUUUGUAAAUUUGUUAUCAUUUUCACUUAUUAACUGCUAUGAUUUGGAAAUCCGGCAAGCUGACUUCAGCUCGUCAUACAGCCUAAAGGUUAUUCUCUUCAGCAAUACAACGGUUAAAAAUUUGGAAAAACACACAUUUGCAGAUCUUCCUGCGCUGACACUUUUGUCAUUGGAGUUUAAUCUGAACGACCUAAAUACGUUUAGUGUUUCUUUGCGCGAAUAUCUGAAAAGACUUCAUUGUGAUUGCGAAUUCGCAUGGUUUCGACAAUGGUGGAGUCGAAACUGGCGGUUGCUGCGACGGGCUUCUGACAGUGAAAUCUACAGAAUUCCAUAUUCUUGGAGGAACGGUGACAUGCAAACGGAAGAUGUAUACCUGCCGAUCGAUUGUGCAGCAGCGCAGUUUCCGACUGGUCCAGCAUUUGUUGAUCACAGCCAAAUAUGAGUUUUCCAUCAACGCGCCAGAAGAUUCUGUGAAAAGAGAAUCUUGCGGAGAAGAUGAUGCGGCAUCCAGUGAAUCUUUCAUUUUCAGCAUGGAACCAAUGACAUUUGACCAGUGCAGAUUGCAGUUUACCGCAAAUUGCUGGCCACCUACCGCGACGAAAACAAACUGCACAAUGUACAAAUCUUUGGAUAUUUCUUGCCUUAACCAGGCACGGUCAGAAGAAAUUAUGCAAAUAACGACCGCAAUGGCCAAAACACCGCCGCGUGCAACUAGGUUAGAUAUCUGUGGAGGGCAUCAGAUAUCAUUCGACAAUAUGGCUCCGGUGCGGAGACAAAUAGUCGCCUGCAAUAUAUGGAAUUGCGCAUUCACUAACGUUCAGCCCACUCGGAAACUGGGCGAGUUGCGCUUUCCUAGCCUUCUUGUGUUUCAGCUAGCUAAUUUUACAACAUGGAUAUCAAAAGGACGACUUCAAAUACUCACGAAAGUUGAGGAUAAUCGAUCUUAUAAAUUGCACAAUCCGUAGCCUGGGAGAGGGCACCUUCACAAAUUUACCGUCACUGCGUAUUCUUGCGCUGGAGGAUGGAAUCGCAAAAAUGUGGACUUUCAAUCAAGACGUCAAAAAUUACUUAAAUCGCCUGCAUUGCAGUUGUGACUUUGCCUCUUUUCGACAAUGGAGGAGCAGUAAUAAAGCCUUAAUGAAUCACAGUGAGAGCGGUCAAGUUUUCAAUACCAACGGUGCCUGGAAAAGUAGUGCAUACACACGAAAUGAAGUUUAUUUACCCAUCAACUGCGCUACAAAACCGUUUCCAUCUGGAAUGGCUGACAUCAACAAUUUCCAGAUCGAAUUCUCGCUCAACGAUGAGAAGGACUGCUAAACUUCUUUAAAAUUUCCGGUGGCACGAACAAUUCUGAUACCAUCGGGAAAUUUUAACCGUUACGUGAAUCUUUGCUUUUCGUACGACGCAGUGUUAAUGGAGUAAAUCCAUGAUUAUUAUUUUUAUUUUCAGUAAUUCUAGUUGCUGUAUUAUCGACGUAUCAUUGUAUUAUCCUGUCUCGGCUCAAAUGGCACCGAUAGUAGGGAAUGCCGGAAAGAUUCUUCGGAUUAGCAAAAUUAACGGUUACAGGUGCGUUGCUGCUGCCUAUCACGAUAACCUAUGGUUUGCUCUAAGUUUCCUAAAGGCAGAAGACGAAGAUUUACACAAUCAGGUAGCCUGUUAUCCGGUAACGUAGUGGCCGUGCGCUUUGUUU